AUGAACGUCGAUGCGAUUCCCGACUUCCUCGCGGAACAGCGAGACCGGACUCCGGAGGAGCUUCAGCCCCUUGUUCUCGACUUCGAGAAUUUCUGGGAACGCAAGCUCUGGCACCAGCUGACCGCUACCCUCGUUCAGUUCUUCAACCACCCGGACAGCGCCCCCCAGCGGUUAGCCUUCUACAAGGUCUUCAUCCUCAAGUUUGCGGACAAGAUCAAUCAGCUAAAGUUGGUGGAUCUGGCAUUGAAAGCUGCGACAGAGUGCAAGGAUGACCAGGAGCGUCUCGCAUUCCUGCAAUCGGUAUCCAAGAAAGUCGACAACGAGGAUUCCCAAGAUGCCUUGGUUUUUGCAUCGGUGGCUGUGGCGCGAGUGAAAUUGAGCCUCAACCGGCUCGAUGAUGCAAGAAAGGAUCUCGAUGCCGCCGAGAGCAUACUGGACAAGUUCGACUCCGUCGAGACCAUUGUCCACGCGACGUUCUAUGAUGCAAACGCAAACUACUAUCAGCGCAAGAUGGACUUUUCCAAUUACUACCGAACGGCGCUCCUCUACCUAGCGUGCAUCGACUUGUCCUCGCUCUCUGCUGAAGAACGCCACAAAAGAGCAUACUAUCUCAGCGUGGCCGCGUUGGUUUCGAAUAGCAUCUACAACUUUGGUGAACUGCUCUUGCAUCCUAUUCUUGAUGUCCUCGCGACAAGUGAGGAGGACGCAUGGCUACGAGAGCUACUGUUUGCAUACAAUCGCGGAGACCUGGCCGCCUACGAUGUUCUCUCCGACAACAUUGCCUCCAACAAGCUCCUCAACGAACAUUCCACCCACCUUCGACAGAAGAUUUAUCUUGCAGCUUUGACAGAAACUAUCUUUCGUCGGCCACCACACGACAGAACGAUGACGUUUGCAAGCAUCUCACAAGAGACCAAAGUUCGGCCUGACGAGAUUGAACAUCUCAUCAUGAAGGCACUGAGUCUCGGCCUCAUACGGGGUACGAUUGACCAGGUGGACGAGAUUGCUCACAUUACAUGGGUGCAGCCCAAGGUACUAGACAUGACUCAGAUUGGCAAUAUGCGCCAGCGAUUGCUCGAUUGGGACUCGAAUGUCAAUCAGCUGGGUAACUGGAUCGAAACAGCUGGCAAGGACGUGUGGGCAGCGUAA